AUGUGUCCUCCGCCGUUCAAAGAGGCAAACUCGGACUCGUCUCCGAACUAUAACGAAGUCCUCCUUCAGAUAUCUACCAACCUAUCAAACACUCUUCGUACAUUCGGGCCUUCUUCGCAUCAGUAUCAGGUCGUCUUACAGACACUCAAGGACUGUCUUCAAGAAAUUGACAGUCACAACGCCGAAGCACAAAGAUCUGCUCUGGGAGCAGCAAAUGGGGCCAAGAAUCCACUCGAAAUAGACCCUGAUAUGCUGAGUACGGCGAUGGAGUUUUUGAGCUUAGGCAGCUGA